GGGAAUUACCGGCAGUGCAUAUCUAUAUUUGGAGCUGAGCCACUACCUCAAAGAAAACACACACACACAGAUUUAGUACAUUCAAAGUGAUUCAGAAGCAUCCUAUUUAAAUAAAUGUACCUGAAAUAAAAAUACAAUCUACAUUUCUUUGUAUGUAGUUCAUGUAACCCCUUAUCUGUGUAAAAUCUUAAAGAGCCAUUAUCUUAUUUUGUAACAUGAUUAAAUCUGCAUUUUGGCCUCUGGGAUUCUUCCAGUAACAUCUUAACUGCAAAUGGAAAAUGUCUUAACUAUAGAAAUAACUAAAUAAACACAACAUUAAACUAUAUAUUUAGUAUAUAUAAGAUCCAAAGAAAUUAGUGGUUAAUUGUAAUAUUGGCUGUUAAUACAGUGCAAUAAAUAUAAAUUCUGGUAUGGAGGUAACAGUGAAGGGGAACAUAAUUACAUUUAAAUGGAAAUGGGAAUGGAAAUUGAUUAAGUGGGAUUAAAAACAGUAUCACAAAAUAUGAAAAAUUAAGGGGUGUUCUGGGAAAUAGUGACCCCAUAAUACUUUUUAUCAACAGAGAUAAAAUUUACCUUACCUUGUGCAACUCAAAUAGAAUUUUGAGGCUAGAUAAUAUACUAAUUCAAAAUUGUUGCUUAUUUUUUGUUAUAAAGAAUUAAAAUCAGCCAUCAUCAUUAGCAGUUAAACAUAGCAUUUAAACCUUAUCAGUUAAUCAGUGAAUAUAUGUGAGGUGGUGGUCUUCUUCACUUUUGUCUCUGGUUGCUUCCAUUCCAAAAUUAUUAAGAUUCUGAUGAUUGCCUUCUAAGGGGGUCUACUGGUGGUUUUCAGAUUCUAGAAAUAGAUAUUAUAAUUACAGAUGGGGGGCAAAUGCCAGCUUUUCUUAUUGAUAAUACUGUAUUUUCAUAAAUGUUCAAAAAAUAUAUGGAAUGCAGUGAUGUCAUCUGAAACUCUGCUAUACUGAAACUUCAAAAAAACGUUAUUUGGCCCUAUUAUUUUUAAAAUUUUAUUAUUGUUAUCAUUUUGUGUUGAAUUCUAAAUAGCUUAUUAUGACAAAUGGAAAAAGUAGAUUUUUUCCCCACUAUUGUCUCACUGCCUUAAAUCUUUUCAUUGGUCAAAACAAUAGAAUAAAAGUGUGAAGUGUACUGUGAAUACCUCUACCAUCAGUGAAUUUACAAAUCAUGUAACAUUCACACUCAAUAACACGUGUUUACAGUCGUCAUGUCAACCAUAUCCUUGUGACAGGAUCAGGGUGCUGUCACCUCAGAGUGCCUGCUGUUAUGGAUCCCAUUAUGCAGCCAAGAAAACAAUUAUAUAAAGUCCACACUCUACUGAAUGUAUGGGUUCACAGGCUUACACUGGGGAUUUUGUUAACUGGAUUAGUACUAGAUUUACGGUCUGCAUUUAGGUUCAAGAAGUGAAAAUAAUCAUUGAGCCUGGCUGUGCCUAGUAUAAAAGGGCUCUCACCGCAUCUUCUCACAACAUCGCUAACAACUCUAGCCCAUAACAAGCUCUCCAGAGAACCCAAACCUCACAUCGGGUAAGGAAUAAUUUUAAUAUGUACACAUACAAUAGUCUUAUUCAUGAUCCUGAUGAAUGUUCAUCUACUGUCUUUUAGGAUGGACUUCCAAAUGUUUGCCCUGGUGAUGCUCUUCCUCGCCUGUGUGGAGCAGAGCCUAGCUUCCUGUGUUGUGGAAAGCUUCACAGUGAAGGAGGACUUUGAUCCCAAGAGGUAUGCAGGAAAGUGGUAUGCUCUGCAGAAGAAGGACCCAGAGGGGCUGUUCCUUCAGGACAACAUCUCUGCUGAAUACACUAUUGGAGAUGAUGGUGCAAUGGUGGCCUCCUCCAGGGGCAGAGUCACACUGUUUGGAUUCUGGGUUGUAUGUGCUGACAUGGCCGCCCAGUACACAGUGCCCGACCCUGGUACUCCUGGCAAAAUGUUCAUGAACUACCAAGGACUUGCCAGCUACCUGUCCAGUGGAGGUGACAACUACUGGGUGAUUGACACUGACUAUGAUAACUACGCCAUCACCUACGCCUGCCGCACUCUGAAGGAGGAUGGAUCCUGUGAUGAUGGCUAUGCCCUGGUGUUCAGCCGCAGCCCCCGUGGUCUGCCCCCCGCCAUCCAGAGAGUUGUCCGCCAGAAACAGGAGGAGAUCUGCAUGAGUGGACAGUUCCAGCCCGUUCUCCAGUCUGGAGCCUGCUAAAUCCAUCACCAGACAACACUAAACAUAUUACCUGAUUCACUUCCCAAACAAGACUUUAUCCAAGAUGCAACUGGUUCAAUAAUCCCAUUAUGAAUCUGUUUGUUGCUCACACUGUUCUUGUGAUAA